GCGUGUUGGACUCCUGUGUACUGGACCGUGAAGAGAAGUGUAGUGCAGCAGAUCUUCUGCAGCUCGCGCUCUCUUGGUACUCAUGGCUCUGGGUUCGGUGGCCGCGGGCGCGUGCGUCCUCGCGCUGGUGGCGGCCUGGUUCUCGUACCGGCUGCUCCGGAACUUCGCGCGCAUGUGGACCGAGCUGAAGCCGGUACCGAGUAUCGGGGUGGCCUACCCUCUCCUCGGGCACGCGCUCCAGCUCAAGAGCAAAGCCGGAGAGUUUUUUUCUCAGGUGGUUGAAUACACAGACGUGUAUCGGGACGCGCCGCUGCUCAUGGCGUGGAUUGGACCCGUUCCCUUCCUCUUCCUCUACCACUCUGAGACGGUUGAGCCAGUUCUGAAUAACUCAUUGCACAUGGACAAAGCGUACGCUUAUACAUUUUUGCAUUCCUGGCUCGGAACCGGUCUUCUGACGAGUACAGGGGAUAAAUGGCGGAGCAGACGGAAGCUCAUCACGCCCACCUUCCAUUUCUCCAUCCUGAACGAAUUCCUGGAGGUGAUGAACGAGCAGGCUGAGGUCCUCGUCCACAAACUUCACAAACACGUGGGAAAAGGAGCCUUCAACUGCUUCAGCCACAUCACACUCUGCGCUCUCGACAUCAUCUGUGAAACAGCCAUGGGGAAAAAGAUCUACGCUCAGAGCAACCACGACUCCGAGUACGUCCGCGCUGUCUACAGGAUGAGUGACCUAAUCAGUAAGCGCCAGAGGAUGCCGUGGUACUGGCCGGACUUUGCGUUCAAUUACUUCGGCGAUGGCAAAGAGCACAAUCGCUGCCUGAAGAUCCUGCAUUCCUUCACUGAGAGCGUCAUUCGUGAGAGGGAGGAACACGGGCGCUGCGUGGAGUCCGACAGCGAAUCGGAUCAGGGAAAGAAGAAGAGGCAGGCGUUUCUAGACAUGCUUCUGAAGACGACGGACGAGAAUGGGAACAAGCUGAUGCAUCAAGACAUCCGAGAAGAAGUGGACACGUUUAUGUUUGAGGGGCAUGACACUACAGCGGCUGGAAUGAACUGGGCCGUUCACCUGCUUGGGGCUCAUCCUGAUAUACAGAGGAAGGUUCAGCAGGAACUGGAUGAAGUAUUUGGUGUCUCUGACAGACCCAUUACCGCAGAGGACCUGAAGAAGCUGCGUUACCUGGAUUGUGUAAUCAAAGAGGCACUGCGUAUCUUCCCCUCCGUGCCGUUCUUCGGUCGCACCAUCUGUAAGGACACACAGAUCAAGGGCUACAAGGUGCCUAAGGGUGUAACGGCGAUGAUUAUGACCUACUCGCUGCACCGUGACCCGCGAGUUUUCCCUGAACCCGAGGAAUUUCGUCCUGAGCGUUUCCUGCCUGAGAACACGGUGGGACGAAACCCGUACUGCUACAUCCCUUUCUCUGCUGGCCUGCGCAACUGCAUCGGUCAGCGUUUUGCUCUGAUGGAGGAGAAGGUGAUUCUGGCCUCCAUCUUUCGCUCCUUCAAUGUUGUGUCAUGUCAGAAGAGAGAGGACCUGAAGCCAAUGGGAGAACUCGUCCUCAGACCUGAGCAGGGCAUCUGGAUCACGCUGGAGAGGAGAUGUCGCUGACACACACAUCAUAGGUGCUCUCAAGAGAUCAUUCGCUGCUUAGAUAGUGGCAAUAAUAAUAAUAAUAAUAAUAAUUGUUGAUCAAUAUUUUUAAAAGUUAAUAUGCAAUCUAAUGAAAGGAUGGGGGCGGAGUCAUGUGAUACAGGCCACACCCAUCAGAAUGGACUCGUUGCAUUCACAUUUAUACGACCGUCUUCUCCAGAGAGAUUUACAACUGGGUUGCUCAGUGGUCCAGAUUGGCGAUGCUCGGAUUUGAAUUCACAACCUUCUGAUCCAAAGUCCAACAAAGUUUGAUCAUAUGAUGAGCGCGAAUUAUCUGAAGAACUUCCAGUGAUAUCUAUGAUUACGUUUUUUUAGAUCGAUUUUUUUGCAUUUUGCUGUUAAAUGUUCUUUCCAAUGAAAGUGAUCAGUGUCUGUUACAUUAAUGAUUUACUGACAACAAUUACUUACAAAUAUUCUUAAUUCAUGAAUUAAUGAUUCCAGAUAAAAAAAUAAAACCUUAAAGCA